GGCACACGAACUACUCCGCGCGAGCUGUCCGUCGGUGAAUGAAAAUAAUAAUAAUUGUUAUACACAAGGAAACGACGACAAAAUCAUAAUAAUAAAACUGUAAUCGUUGUCCGCGGGUUUUUCGUGCGUUUUUUUCGCGAUAUUGUGCAGUUUUAUUUUUUAUUCUUUUCGUGUUUCGCCGAGGUUUAAAAUAUAAUUUUUUUUUCCACGUUUUUUUUUUUUUUUUUGUUUUCGCUUUUGCCGCGUCUCUCGCAAUUAACUCGUACACACACUUAGGUUCGUUCGUUUUCGAAAAAAAAAAAAAAAAUUCUCGUUAUCAUUUUCUCCUGUUAUUAUUUCGACGUCUAUCCGCGAUAUAAAGGCACUGCAGCAGCCUACAUGCUAGCAGACGCUUUGGAUUCCGUCGUUUCGUCCGUAGCAUGGAAUUGUCCUCGGUGAAUUGUUCGCCCCGAGAUCAAAUCGUUCCCGACUCUUGUAACGGCAAUAAUUGGGCGAACGAACAGUUGGACUUUAAUUGGCAAAUGCAGUUUCUAAACACGUUACUCUAUGGAUGCGACAAACUGGAAGCGAAGGCAGAGGAGAAGCGGAUGGGCACCGGCAUGGACCAUAAAUCUACUUGGUACUGCAACGCGCCGAACAAGACACCCGACUUCGAUUCGAUGCUGCAAGGACUGAUGGUAGAAGACCAACACGUCAUCAAGUCCAGAAAUGAGCCGGUCUUGUGCGACUUCUUCGAGACGACCAUGCCGGGUGCGCGGAACGUGCAGGACUCGAUCCUUCAGAACGGCCAUCACCCUGACGAAUCUCAAGAGCCCCCGUGGUUCGAGAUGAAUGAGGUGGUGGACCCGCAAAUGUUCUCCACGCUCGACGACCAAUCGCUGCAGGUGACCCACGUCAAAGUGGAAGCACCGGAAGCCAACAGUCCCGAGUACCAGUCGGUGGCCAGCCCGGGGCUGUACACGCCGUCUUAUCUGCAUGUGCACUAUCACCACCACGAUCACCAUCACCAACAGCAUCACCACCACCACGGUUACUUCCCACGCGUGGCACCCAUGACGCCACCCAUUUCCGAACCGGGUUCGCCCGGUAAACGGCGGACGCCACCGCCACCGUAUCCCACACCCCGCUGCAACGCCAUCCAAAGAUCGAUGAAGUUCAACAGACGAAACAACCCAGACUUGGAAAGGAGACGGACUCAUCAUUGCAAUUUUGGCGGUUGCAACAAAGGAUACACUAAAAGCUCUCAUCUAAAAGCCCACCAAAGAAUACACACAGGCGAAAAACCGUACCGGUGCACGUGGUCGGCGUGCGAGUGGAGCUUCGCGCGGUCGGACGAGCUGACCAGACACUACCGGAAGCACACGGGCGACAAACCUUUCCGGUGCGAAGUGUGCGAGCGGUGUUUCGCCAGGUCCGAUCAUCUGGCGCUGCACAAGAAACGCCAUCAGCCCAAGAACGCUGCGGCGGCGGCAGUGGCGGCGCAGCAUCCGCAGCUGAUGGACCAUCCGUCGUCCAAAGGCGACCAACAGCAAAAGCAACAGCAACAGCAGCAGCAGCAGCAGCAGCAGCAGCAGUUGAUGAUUUUGAACGGCGGCGUUGGAAUGGUGCCCGCGCCAAAGGUCGGCGGAGAGUACGUCAUCGACGGUCAGCAGCAGCCACCGAUCUGCAGGCAAAUGGUGCCGGCCUUGUGAUGACCAUCGGUCAUCGCGUAAUAAUAACGAUAAUAAUGAUAAUGUGUGAUAUUAUACUAUUGUUUAAUAUUUAAUAUUGUUAAUUAAUAUUAUUAAUUGUAUAUUAUUCGUGACGACGGUAGGCGGCUGCGGUAGUCGACGAGCGAGCGCGAUCGGGAGGAAACACGGUGACGACGAGGAGUUGGGGGGGGGGGGAUUUUUGAGAGUUUUUUUCCAUUUUUUCUAUUCGUGGUAUUUCUGCACACGGAAACAAGCGCCUGUUGCUGCUGCUGCAGUUGACCCGUAGGAAUUCGGUCGUCGGCCGUCGCACAAUGACACCUUAACGAACGACUAUUGUGCGCCAGAGAAAAUAAUAAUAUAUCAUACAACUAUCGCGCAUGCAUAUUAUUAUUAUUAUUAUGUGUACGCGCGUGUGCGCCGUUCGAAAAUGGAAGAAAAAACAAAAAGAACGGAUAAGUGACGGACAAACGACCGCGACCUCGCCGCCAUUUCGGGUCAAACCGCGUAAGUACCGUCGACGUGUGUAAUACCACCGGUUCUCCUAUAAAGCAAACAUUGGACAGCGGCAACAAAUAAUAUUAAUAAUAAUAAUAAUAAUAAUAAUAGUAAUGAUAUGGUACCUGUAUAAUAAUAAUAAUAAUAUAAUGCUGAAGUUUGUAUAUAGUAGCCCACACGCGCCCGCGCGCGAACUCUGUGCGCACUAUUAAUAAAUAAUAAUAAUAAUAACACACAUUAUUAUACAAUAAUGAAAUCUAUCGUUUCUCGCCUUUUUUUUCACCUCUCGUCCGUUAUUACUAUUAUUUAUUUAUUUAUUAUUAUUAUUAUUAUUAUUUUCAUUUUUUUUAAUCGUCUGCGGUCGUGUGAUUAAUGAUCCGGUCGUGUCCCCCGGCUGCGUCGCGCGCACAAUACUAGGCUGAUUAACGGAAUGAUUGACCCGAUUCCCCGCUCUGCAGAUUUCCCGAGGGGUACCGCGCCUCCCCUCCCGCCGACACUCGCCCUUCAUUGUACUAUUUUUUUUUUUUUUCGCGAUUCUUAGCCUAAAUUUCUCGACGACACCCAAUAUCAUACUUGUACAUAAUAUAUAUUAUAUUUUAAGUGUCCUCCGCCCAUAAUAUCGACAAAACUGACAACACUCGCUGAUAAUAUAUUAAACAUAAUAAUAUAAUCGGUGUGUGCAUACAUUAUAUAUACAUAGUACCUACCUAAACGAGACACGUAUGUGUAUAGUGUUCGCAGUCGGUAUCUGAUAAUUCUCGAACAAGAAACAUAUUAUAUAUAUAGACGUUCCGUCGUGUUUUUUCUUAACUUGAAACGGACGCGAAUGGAGUCACCGCACAGAUAAAAUUCACCGUCCUUGAAUUUUAUCGUAAUUGAUAUUAUGAUUAAGCGUGCAUCGCGACCAAUAUGUUCCAUUGUUUUUUUUUUCCAUUUUACCGGAUAACCACUGUCGUGUGCCAGUGACCACCGUCGGUUUAUUAUCGAUUAUACCUGGGGUGUAUAAUAAAAAAAAAAUAUAUAUAUACUAGUAACGUUAAUUAUUUUAGAUUUAAAAUUUCAAUUUGAUUAUAUUAUUAUUGUAAAUUAUAUUUAUGGUAGUAAUUAGAAUUACGAAUUUAAUGAUACGUGUACAUAAAAUAUUCGAUAGUGAAACACAUUUCCUCGUACGUAUAUGAACAACAAUUAUUAUUAUUAUUACUAUUGUAUAAGAAUACCUAGUGGGAUAAAAAAAUGUAUAAUAUUUUUGUUAUUUUGUUAAAGUUUUUGUAAACACGUCCUAAUUAAUUAGAGAUGCAUAUUAUAAAAAAUGUUUACGUUUAAUAUUAUUUAUUUCAAACUCUCUUUUAUAUACAAUAUAUAUUAUAUAUUAUAUUGUCAUCUUAGUUUAACGACAUAAAUAUAUGUUUAACUAAAUAAUCCAUUUAUACCAUACAUCUCGAAAAUCACUUAAUUAUAGUUAUGUUGCACACGACUUUAAUCAUUUUAUUCUUCUCAUCGCGCAUAUAAGAGGAUAAACCAAAGAUUGCUUCCGAACAUUUUUGUACUUUUGGUUUCGCCACUGAACAACUGUACCUCUUUGUAAACCCGUUUUAUCAUUAAUUCAUUAUUGUCUUAUACAGAAAAUAUAAUAUUAUAAUAGCAUAAUAAUCCUAACCAUUUUAUCACAUGUAAGCUUUCGAGCGUGAAAUCAAAAUAAUUUUUGUUUAAAGCGUGUAAAUCGCUUGAUCUCAUUAAAACCAAAACCAGUGAUAUAAAAAACGGAUUUAAGCGAAUUUUUUGUACGUAUCAAUAUCAUAAUAAUUAACUACCUAUAUAAUAAUAUAUUAUUUUUUUGUCGCGUUUUUAAUUUCGAUUUUUCACCACGCCCACAAUUUGCUUUUAAUCAUUUAAUUUAUGUUAUACAUAUUAGUAGGUAUAUAAUAUUAUACUUUAAUAGCUGUAACAUUUAACAUAUUGCCAGUGACAUAGUGGAUUACAAACAUUAACGGCAUUACGUUUAGAAAUUGUACAAAAUACGAAUUUAAGUUGUCUAAAUUAUUUUGUUAGAAUUAAUUUUUUAUGAUCAUUAUUUGUUUUUUUUUUUUUAAUUUGUUAAGUUACUGUCCGAGGGUCUUGUCCACCCUCGAUAUACCUAUUUAGCAAAUAUUAUUAAAAUCUAUUUUGUUCUUA